AUGUUUCCUUCGGAUGUUAAAAAAGUAAUAAUAAUAAUAACAAUACUAUUAUAUUCAUCGUUGGUGAUACGUUCGUGGCCAUUACUAUCAUAUUUGGAAAAGAAUAAUCAUGUGGAAAAUGACAAUAAAACCAUUUUUUACUAUAACGAUGUUGCUAACGAAAACGACGCCAUUACUGUGAGCGAAAGGGAAAAAAGAGUUUUAAAUUUUAUAUCGAUACCUGUAAGCAUCGAAUGUACAUCUGAUGAUGGAAGAAGGAGAGGAAUUUGUUUAAACGUUUAUGAAUGUAAAAUACAAGAAGGGAUUUCACAUGGAAAAUGUGCAUUAGGAUUUGGUGUUUGUUGCGUAUUUUCGAGCAGUUGUGGUUCGAGGGCUGUUAAUAAUUUAACAUAUUUUGUCAAUCCAAAUUUUCCAAGUCUUUCAUCGGAUUCGGAAAUAUGCGAAUUAAAAGUUAAAAAAUUAGCACCGCAAAUAAGUCAAUUGAGAUUGGAUUUUUUACAUUUUAAUAUUGGACAACCAAAUAGAAAAACAGGGAUUUGUGAUAGUGACGUCAUGAUAAUUGAAACUGAUUCGAAUGCGGAUUUUAUAACUUGCGGAUUAAAUAACGGUCAACAUAUUUAUUACGAUGUCGAAGGAGUUAAUGAUGAUAUAAAAAUAAUAAUGAAUUUAACAAAAGAAUCAUUCGAUAGGAUUUGGGAGAUAAAAAUAACACAAAUCGAAUUUCAAAAAAAAGCACCGCCCGGAUGUUUGCAAUACUACACUGAACCCACCGGUAUCAUACAAACGAUGAAUUUUGCUGAAAAUGGUAGACAUUUGGCUAAUCAAGAUUACACAAUAUGCAUAAGACAAGAAGAUGAUCAUUGUUCUAUAGUUUACGAACCUUGUGACGAAAACUCGUUUAAAAUAGGACCGCCAAUGUCGGGUCAAAACGCGAUAGAAGGAUCCGGUUAUGGCGAAACUGGAGUUCCAGAUUCCGAUAAUAAUAAUAAAGAAUGCGCCGACAAAAUUCUAAUGCCUUGCGACUCGGAAGAAUUCAUAACGGCAGAUGCAAAAGUGCCUGGAGUUUGCCAAUUGCUUCAUUGCGGAAGUUCAUUUUGUCCAGAAGGAGAAUUUCCGUGCAGGAUAGAAAGUAGCACGGUUCCGUUUAACAUAAGAGUUCAAUUUGGUGAAGCCAUAGAAGGGGAAUCCCCGGAUGAUAAUUUAGGUAUGUGUUUAAAAUACGAACAACUCACUUGUUUCUAG